AUGUCUCGCCCACAGGCAAGCAGCAAGUCGGCGCCGAAGACUAUUUCGGUGUUCUGCCGUGUGCGUCCGCUUGUCCCGCAUGAGAAGUCGCACACCUGCAAUAACAUCACCUAUGACCCUAACGACAAUCGCGCCAUCACAGUGAACCGCAAGACGACCACGAAGGCGGGGGAAAAGAAGUUCAUGUUCAACCGAGUCUUCCAGCCGAACUCGACGCAGAAGGAGGUGUACGAGGCCUUUGCCAAGGGCGCCGUCGAUGCCGCCUUCGAUGGUCAGCACGGCGUUCUCUUCGUGUACGGCCAGACCGGCUCUGGCAAGACCUUUACGAUAAGCAAUGACGACCCGAAAAGCGAGGGUGUGCUGCAGCAGUCCAUGCGGGAUAUCUGGGCCAAGAUCGCCAACGACACGGAGCAUGACUACUCGUGCAGCGUCAGCUACGUGCAGCUCUACAACGAAAUCCUGACCGACUUGCUGGAUGAAAAGAAGGGUAAGGUACGCAUCCAGCUCGGCACGGAGGGCUGUGGCGAUGUCGUGUUGGUGUCCGAUGACUCUGGGAAGGGAAUUGAGCGGGAGGUAAAGGACUACAACGGCACCAUGAACUUCUUCAAGACGGGCCUGUCGCGGAAGGAGAUGGCAAGCACGGCCAUGAACAACACGAGCUCUCGUUCCCACACUGUCUUCACGCUCAACAUCAGCCGGUCCACGAAAGUCACCGCGGUGACCGUCGGCGCUGAUUCGGGGGGCGCUACCGUUGCAUUGGAUGGACGCCUGGUACUGUGCGAUCUUGCCGGUAGCGAACGUGUGAGCAAGACACAUGCGGAGGGUAAGACACUUGACGAAGCCACGCACAUUAACCGCAGCCUCCUAACCCUUGGUAAGGUGGUGGCUGCUCUGACCGCCAAUGCCCAGCACGCACCCUUCCGUGAGUCGAAGCUGACCCGCAUCCUCCAAUACUCGCUCAUGGGUAAUGGCAACACCUCCAUCGUCGUCAACGUCAGCCCUUCCGACGAAAACACAGAAGAGACCUUCAGCGCCAUCUUAUUUGGGCAGCGCGCCAGCCAAAUCAAGCAAGAUGCGAAGAGACACGAGGUUCUGGACUACAAGGCGCUGUACCUGCAGCUUAUGGCUGAUCUGGACAACAAAAAUGACAAGACUCUUGAGGACGCACUGGAGGAGGAGCGUGGCGUCUUUGACGACCGCAUAAACUCCCUCAACGACCAGGUCAAGAUGCUGACCGAAGAGAACGGCAUGCUGCGCAACGAGAACAAGCAGCUACGCCAGUGCGUGCCAGCGGAUAAGCUGAAAACGAUUGAUGAGACCCCGGCCAGUGGAGUGCCUGCCUACGAAGGUGCAUCUGGCGGCGGAAACUGGGCCAAGGCCAACCAGGAGUUGCGGGAGGUAAUCAAGGCCCGUGAUGAAAAGCUGCGCACCAUCAACGAGGAGCGGUUACGGCUCGCUCUUGUGGUGGCUGAGGAGCAGCGGAAGUGCUUCCAACUUGCACAGAAAAUGCGCGCAUUUGCCUUGCGCUACAAGAUGGAACGCGAGCAGUCGUCGCGCCGCCAGGAUGCGCUGACCGCCGAGCUGGCGUCCGUAAAGGGCACCGACUACCUCAGCGCCCUCGGCACCUUUGACUCCUCGAUGAGCCCAGCCAGCCCACGCGGGGGCAGUGACGCUGAGGAUUACAACGAACUCGAAAGUGCACGGCAGCAGAUCCGUUCUCUCCGGGCGGAGCGAGCCGAUCUCAUAAUGUACCAGAAGAAGGCGGCCGAGGCGAUUCGCGUGCUCGCGUCGGAGCGUGACGCGGCGCUGCGCAAGGCGGCGUAG